GCCGAGGGAACGGAUAACCGAGAGGCGCCGGGGGGAGUGGCGCGUCAAGCGAGGCGCGACUCAAAGCGAGCGGAUGCCGACGGCUUCGCACGCGCUCGCUCGCUCUGUCUCCCUCUCUCUCUCAAGACAGAAGAUAACACAAGCACAGAACAAGAAUAACCAAACCCUACAACUCGCCGAGAAAUGACCGCGGAGUUUGUGUUCGCCUCCACAUAGCGACACACGGAGGCCAUCGUCGGAGCACGAGGAGGAGCACGAGGAGGAGGAGGAAGGCUGCCGCCCUGUACAGGUUCUACAUUGUACAAGUGAGUGGGUGACUGGGCAACUGUUUGAGUGACUGACUGAUAGCGUGUGUGAGUGGGCUAGUGGUUGGGUGCAUGAACUAGUGGGUGAAAGGGUGAGUGAGUGAACAACUGGCUGGGUGAGAUAGUGGGUACAAGAGUAGGCACACUAGUUUAGAAGUGGGUCGGUUAUCGGGGAAGUCGACAAGUAGGUUGGGAAAAUGGCGAGCAAAUAGAUGAGUGGAAGAGUGGACUCGAGGGAGAAUACGUGAACGAGUGCAGAGUAGGUGGGUUAGUGUGUGAGUGUGCGCGUGGGUGAGUGAGUGGAUUGGUGAGUGGGUGAGUGUGCAAGCAAGAUGUCAAACGUGUGCUACUACAAUGGUUCCAUCGAAUUCUUCUACAACAACAGCAACAAGGAGCUCCCGAACGAGUGGGGCACCCUUCAGGUGGUGACGCUGGUGCUGGGCAUCUUCGUUUCGGCCCUCGUCCUCUUCGCCAACGGGCUCGUCAUCGCCGCCGUCUACGUCAACAAGCGCUUCCACGUGCCCAUCUACUACCUGCUUGGUAACUUGGCGGCGGCCGACCUGUUCGCGGGCAUCGCCUACAUUUUCCUGCUUGCGAACACGGGGCCCAACACGCGCAACCUCACCGUGCGGACCUGGAUGCUACGCCAGUCGCUGCUCGACACCAGCCUAACGGCGUCGGUCGCCAACCUGCUCGCCAUUGCCAUCGAGAGGCACGUGACCAUCUUCCGCAUGCAGCUGCACACGAAGAUGAGCAAGCGGCGCGUGAUGGUGGUGAUCGUCAUGAUAUGGGUGGUCUCUGUCUUCAUGGGUGCCCUGCCCUCCUUCGGCUGGAACUGCAUCUGCAACAUCAAAACGUGCUCGAACAUGGCGCCGCUGUACAGCGACAGCUACCUGAUCUUCUGGGCGACGUCAAACCUUGUGGUGUUUGUGGUGAUGGUGGGGCUGUACGUGCACAUCUACGUGUACGUGCGAAAGCAGACGCUGCGGAUGUCUCGGCACAGCUCGUUGCCGCGCAAGCACAAGGAGACGACGAUGAACCUGCAGAAGACGGUCUCCAUCAUCCUGGGAGCCUUCGUCAUCUGCUGGACGCCUGCCCUCGUCCUGCUGCUACUCGACGUCGUGUGCAAGAAGGGCUGCAACCUCUAUGUCUACGAGAAGUUCUUCCUCCUGCUCGCAGAGUUCAACUCGGGUGUCAACCCCAUCAUAUACUCCCUGCGCGAUCACGAGAUGCAGAGUACCUUCCUGCAGGUGCUGCGCUGCCGCCGGCCACUCUACCUCGCCACCAACUCGGAGGAGGUGCAGAUCACGUCCCUCCGAAAAAACGGGCCCAAGGCCGACGGGAACAAGGAGGAGGAGCUGGCUCGUAACGACGAAAACCUGGAGGGCAGCAGACGGGGUGACGGUGGUGGAGGUCUGCCGUGAACCAGGCUCAUUUGCUUGAGUGAGGAAGAGGGUUUAUUUGCGAUUUGAUGGAUUGGUUCAAACGGGUCAUUUUGCUCAGUGACUUAAUUUGACUGCUCACUCGACCACUCGCUUACUAACUCACUGAACCACUUGUUGAACCACUUGCGCGUACUGGACCACUCGCUGAUCUCGUCACUCCACACUUGGUUGUUUGACCAUUCGCUCAGCUGCUCGCUCAUUGACCCACCUACUCACCCAUUCCCAAAUCGUCUACUAACAUACAAGACGGGCAGUUACACAGACUGUCACAGAUAGAGGGACACAUUUUCAACAGACAGAUUCAGACAGAGCAUCUACACUUAUUGGGGUUCAUCAGCACCACAUGGCCAUUUGCUGCCUUGUGCGUUGUGUGAAAAGAUGAUCGCUCACUGCUGCUGCCUUGUGCUGUGGUUGUACCAUUCCAUCAUCUCUGGGUUUCAUCUUCACGGCCACAAGGGUCAUUAACACUACUUGGCCAUCCUCCUGCUACUUGCUGACUAAAAUAAUAUGUUCUCAUUGGAGUUCAUCAGCAUGCUGUGGUCAGCCACUCGCUGCUACAUUGUGUACAGGUUGAUGACACCAUUCCCAUAGUGAAUCUUCAGCGUGACAUAUCCAGUCAUGCAUUGCUGCCUGAUGUGAAGGACUGUUUCAGCUUUCACUGGGUGUCAUCACCACCCUGGGGUGAGACUUAUAUCAAUACAUAGUUUGUGUGGAGAUGGCUGAAGGUUGUGUGUGUUCAUGUAUAUGGAUUUAUGUGCGUAGUGAGUGGCAGUGCGGUGGUCUGCACAUUGCGCCGUGACCUGGGUUCAAUUCUUGACGGUGGAUAUCAGCGAGUGCUAUCUGAAUGUGUUUUGAACCUCACCUAAGUCAAUUCUGCCUUAACUGAGCACCUGGUGUGGUGUGAAAACAUCAGCCCUGGGGAAACGGGGCCACAUCUCACCAUCAUGUGCCAUGAAUAUUUUUGUCGUUGUGAGAGUCUAUAUGGGACAUAAGGAAAGUAUGUAUGAAAGUGUCUUUAUUGGAAUUAAAAUAAAAGACACGGACAAGGUUUGAGUUCUGCACAUGCACAACAUAACAUUCAGUUCCAUCGGUGAAAAUUAUUUUUGGGCCAAUGUUUUGCAUUGACUUUUGGUUAUGCGGCAAAUGCUCGAUCAGUUUCAUCUCAUCGAUAGGUGAUAAAGUUAUCCGAGUCGCACAUGACAAAUUAUAUUCAUGCCAAGAAGUUAACAUUCCCCAUGCACUUCCCAGCAUUGUUGAUGCACUUGUGCCAUUGUGAAACCAAUCUGAAAAUGCCAUCAUGGUAGAACUCCGGUUUGGCAUUUCCAUAUUUCUUUGGAUGGCUGCUGUUCUCGGUUCUGACACUCCUUUUGGCUUUUUAACAAUAAUAUCACCAAAUAUAAUGUACAUUUGGUAUUCACACCAUUGUUAUCGUGCAGGGCUAUCGCGAAGACACUCCUUCACCACAGAUGGCUGGACCCACUUGCUGGCAUUGCUUUUACAUGCACAGGUAUUGCUGUAAACGGCAUGAAAGCUGCCAUCCGUAUUUUGUAGCCGUAAUUCCACCUUUUGUGCUGGAAAGUCGAUCACAUUUGAACGACACCCACCACCAUAUCAAGGAGUGUUUUGUAUGAUAACUGCAGCGCCCUCCAUGUGUGCAAUGAAUGGCAACACGUGGCUUUGCUCCAUGAAUGACACAAAUGCACAUGGGUGACUAUGCAUAAAUAUCAGCAUAGUGGACUCUGAUUACGAGUUGCACAUCUCUUAUGUAUAUUAGUGUGUGCCUGUUUAUAAGUGAAUUUGUGUGCUUGCAUGUCUGCGUUUGUGCUUAGAGCUGCUUGUGUGGGUGUGCAAGUGUGUUCAUGUAGGUUGACUCAGCCUUAAGUUCAUACCCGGUACCAUAUGUGAACAUAGGCACUCGUGGACGUGGUGUUGGCCGUGCCACCCCCUAAUUUGCCAUGCCAGUCUUAUUGUGUGUGUGCUCGCUGACAACUCUCGCUGCAACAUUGUAUACAGCUGUACAGGAAAUAAUUCCCUUUGUAAUGUUUACGUAUAUGCCUGUCCAUGUGUUCACGGCUAUGUUCAUUGUGUUUUAUGUACAUGAGUAAAUGUUAAGAUAUGUGUGUAUAUAUACUGUAUGUGUAUUCAUAUUCUAGUAAACGUGGACCUUUGGGCCAACAUUGAGCCAUGGGUUUCAACCACGUGCCAACAUUGGACCAACAUUUCAUGUUUACUGAGAUGUGCUCGUUAACAGCAGUGUCUUGUCCCAGUGGUCUAUGAGACUAAAAUGGGGGAGUCACUGUUUUGGUUUUUGGGGCGCCACGGUGGCGAGAUGUUAACUACCUCGCCUGGUAUACAGGAGGUCAUAGGUUUGAUCCCGACUCUGACGCCUGCUGCUGUAUAUUUGGAGUUUGCAUGUUCUCCCCAUGG